AUGCCAUCACUGGGUCGUGAGGCUGGUGACGUGGCACUCAAGUUCGGCGAAGCGGGUCUCGGGUGGCUCAGUGCCAACGGAGCCGGCUUCGGUUGCACUCACAGAACACCCCUGCGCCAUUUGCUUCUGUGGCUUGUUCCCGAUGUUGGCAAUCGCAGAUCUCUGGGGUUUCCUCGGUCGCGAGUCUACUUCCAUCGCCAUGUCAUCGGUCGACAAUCUCUAGAAGCGAGCCCGAGCAAUGAUAAAAUCAUCAAGGGUCUUCUUUCGCUUCCAGGACUGGAACCAACGACGAGUCCACCUGAGGCCCCUGUCUUCUCUCCAAUCGUAGCCGCCAAAGAUCCCGCGACCAGGGGCCAGUUCAAGUGGACAGGGGUUUCGGCAUUUCCAUUGGGUUGGGUUCGAUGA